AUGAAUGAAGAGGGCAUUAAUAUCAACAAAUUGAAGGAAUUCAAAGCGAAAUUUGAGGAAGAGUUGAACAAGGUUAUGAAAUUUUGGGUUGAAAAUUCUCAUGAUACUUCUAAUGGGUAUAGUCUAGACAUAUUUUUUAUCACUAUUAAAUUACUUUACAUACAAGAUUAUUACACGGCAAAAAACGCCGAGACCGUUGCUCAACAGGACUGAACAAUGUUUUGCUGCCCACGUUGUUCACACUUGUCAACAAUAUUGAACAAUGUUGUUGAGCCUGAAUCGGGUGUAACAAUAUUGUUCAAUGUUGUUGACAGCUAUGAACAAUGUGGGCAGCAAAACAUUGUUCAAUCCUGUUUUCAUCAGUAUUGCAUCAACCUGAGCGUUUUUUGCCAUGUACAAGUGUGUUGGUAUCCCUUGUGUCAGGAUGGAGGGGGUGAGUGGUGGGAUAGGGGGUGGGGAGGGUGGUAGGCAGAUAGUCUGAUUAUAACACGCUGAAUGCCAACACUCUCCCCUUGACAUGUAAAAUUGUGUGGCAUUAGACACAGUAAAAUAAAAAAAUAGGACACAUUACCUGGAAAAUGAAACAAAAAUAUUGUGUGUGUUUAGAGGAUUUUAUAACUGUUUGGAUGAAGAUGGAAGUGUGUAUGAUACAACAAAAUAUGGAUGGUUGCAAGGCCGGCAGGUAGAUUAUGGAUUCACGCAAAUAGAGAAUUACAUCUUGGUGACAUUCAGUGCAUUAUUUUCAAUAUUGAAUGAUGUAGGUUUGGAUGUACUGCAAAUUGUACAAUAAUACACAACAAUAUCACACAGAAGAAAUUUUGGAUGUUGCAAGGAAAGGUACAGUAAAUACUAUUCCUCAAAAAUGGGGGCAUAUUGAAGAAUGGAAUAUAUGCUAUAAUAGCAUAUAUUCCAUUCUUCAAUAUGCCCCCAUUUUUGAGGAAUAAUUUUUUAAAUUAGUUUUGGGGAUGUAAAUUAGCCCCUUAUCUAUUAGCCCCCUAUGCAUAAGGUCUGUUCCUCUAUUAAUGGAAGAUGCAUAUUGGAAAGGGCCUUUCCAAUAUGCAUUUCUCAUUAAUAGAGGAAUAGACCUUAUGCAUAAUGAUGUACGUCACAAGGCUUGAUGCCAACGAGGAAUGCUGGUCUUGAUAGUGAGUCAUCGCCCGGGAAAAUUAAACAAUUCAAAAUGGCCGCUAUCAAAAUUUUCCCAGGUGAUGACUACUAAGACCAGCAUUCCUUGUGGGCAUCAAGCCUUGUGACGUCAUUAUGUAUGUAUAAAUAACUUUUCCCACCAAGAAAAAAAUCAUACUUCCCUAUAUAAAAAUUUUAACAAUAUUUCUAAAACAUUCUUUGCACAUAUUAUACCCAAGAAUUUUUACCUAUUUUUCAGUCUUGGCUGUUAUUUCUUACAGGAGGUGACUUUCUUCAAACCUACUUCAAAAGGCCAGAGGAUAACAAGUGUUAUUUUAUGACGACUUGUGAUGGAAAACGUAUGAAAAUCCAAAGAACAAUAUUCUGUGAAUGUUUCUACAUCAUGGCUAUGACUGGACUUUAUCGAGCAACCAAUGAAGAGAAAUAUAAGGUAGAGAAGUGAAUCCCAUAUUAUAUUUCUAUUUACAGAACCCUUCUUCAUAUUAUUAUUUUUUUUUUUUUUUCUUUCGAAGUCAGUAUACUUUAUUCAUUUCUCAUAACACAUUUACAUCAAAUUAAUUGAUACUGGAAGGACCAGAUAAACCCUUGUGGGCUUUUACAAGUCAGUCCUCCUACAAUAAAAUUAGCUAAAAUACAGUUGAUUUGAUUAUACAAUGUUGCAUCCUACAACUCUUGAAUACUACAAAGUAUAAAGGUAAUAAAGUAUUUAUUGUAUUUCCAGAAAGAAGCAAUCUCUGUCAUGACCUCAGUACUUCACUGGAUUCAUGUGGAUGAUUCUGGUUUGGGACGACCCAAGCUAUCAGGUUCAACUCCUAUCAAUGCAAUGAGUAUUCCAAUGAUGGUGAUUUGUGUUUUAAACGAAGUUUGUGAAGAUGAGAAAGAAUUAACCUUACAGUAUGAAGAAGAGAUGAACUGGGCCAUAAAUGAACUUUUGAAACAUCUACAGGUGUGUACAUGCACUAACUGCGCAUGUGUCUUUCAUCUCUCUGCAACCAAGGUUCUCUACACAUACUAGAUAAGGGGCUAGUGGGUUAUUCCAGCAUAGAAGAACGAAAUCCAACACCACAGCUAGAAAGAGCGUCUUAGAAUGAGUAAAACUGCAACGAUUGGUUGCUAAAUGUUGUAAAAUGAAGAAAAUAUAGCCCUGUGAAGUUCGCAAAUUUUGUAUAUAUUUGUAUUACGCGCGGUAAAAAUAACCGCUUUCGGCUCAAAAAUAUUUUUUUUCCCGCACGUAAUGCAAAUAUAUACAAAAUCUGCGAACUUCACAGGACUAUAUUUUCUUCAUUUUACAACAUUUAGCAACCAAUCGUUGCAGUUUUACUCAUUCUAAGACGCUCUUUCUAGCUGUGGUGUUGGAUUUCGUUCUUCUUGCCUUGAUCAAAAUUUCUUCUGUAGCUCAAAUCACCCAUUUACCCUCCCGAAAACUUGCCUUCAAAAUAAGACAAGAUACAAACAUGUAUUCUUCUCUGUGGAUCAUUUUAACAAUCUAGCUUCCUUUUAACAUUUUUAUCAUUUUCAGAGAAAUGGAUCUGUUAUCUUAGAAAACGUUGAUACCAAUGGCGAAGAAAUUCCAGGAAGUCAAGGACGUCUUAUCAAUCCAGGUCAUGCCAUAGAAGCGGGCUGGUUUCUUUUGAACCACGCCUUGGUCACUGGCGAUGAUAACCUAAAACAAACUGCAAUAGAAAAAUUCAUAGAAUUACCUUUUAGUAUAGGAUGGGAUUCCAAGAAUUCCGGAUUGUAUUAUUUUUUGGAUGCAGAUGGACUUUCUCCCACACAACUGGAAUGGAAUAUGAAAUUAUGGUGGCCACAUUGCGAGGCUUUGAUCGCGUUUCUAAUGGCGUACAAAGAAACAAGAAAUGGGAAGCAUUUUGAAAGUUUCUGUAAAGUUUUUGACUAUACUUGGGCUCAUGUGAGUUCUGUUUGCGUUCGUAGUGUGGUAAACAGUUAA